AUGGGAAAAUCAAAAUCCGGCGAGGGAAAUAAAUGGUUGAAAGAUCGCGCUGAAUUCGAUGAGGAAAUCCUGGGAUUAGCCGACGAUGCGAGUAUCAUUUUUGAGAAUACUGGAGAUCUUCUCAAAAGUAUGAAGAAUUUCGCGGCGAGCGUCGGAGAGGCGGAGAAGAAGCAUCCGUAUGGAAAAGCGUCGUAUGCUGCAAAGACUUACGCUGGUGGAUUCAAAAACUCGGCGAGUUCAUUCAGUCGUUCCGGUGAUCAAUUCGAUAAGUUGUACGCUGCUUGUGCCACUUUCCGAGAGCACAUCAGUUCGGUGAUCCUCGCCAAAUUGAUGAGUUUCAAAGAUGUUGAAUGUAAGGAUUGUGAUCAGCAAAUGACACUUUUGAAGAAGGCUCAAAAGGACUAUGCGAACAAGAAGAAUAAGAAGAAUCCGGAUCAAGUACUUGUCGAUGCAGCUGAAGCAAGUUUGAAGAAAUACCUUGAAGAUGCGAAGGGCACAUUGGCCAAGUUCAAUAAGACAGGAAGCGAGCUGUUGACUCAAAUCGCUGCUGAUAUGAAGACUGGAUUCGAUGCUUAUUGUGAGGCUGGAUCGAAUGCAUGA